AAAGAGGUAGGCUGGCCAAGAUCGCGCAGCUCGGCGAUCGACCCACUGAGACUUUCCGAGCACAAAGAGAAACAGAUGAGUGAAGAUGAUGGUUCACGGACUUCCGUGAAGUGGUGCCGUUUGGAAGGAGCUGAUUGUGUACAUAGGAAGGUUUUGGUGAUUUAAAAAACUAUCUUUGGGAAUAUUUGCACAUUUCCCCAGGCGUGUUGAAAUUGUGUGACUUUGCGGAGCGUGUGUGCCGCUCACUGCCGCCCGUCCCUCACCCGGAGCGGCUAUCCCGAGGCGCCGAGCCGCUCAGCGGAGAGUUCGGUCCGAGCCGAGUCCCCGAGCGAAGGCCACGGCCGAUGGAGCCGCACUGGCAGAGUGAUUCAUUGUUCUGAGAAGGGGUCCAUAGACUUCACUGGACGGCAAGAGGUCUGUGGCAUAAAAAAGGUUAAGAACCUAACGGGCUCAGUUGCCCAGAAACAUCAUUGAGAACACCAUGUUUGAAGAAGAGCCCGAUGCUGUGGACCUGGCCAAGGAUUCGCGCCUUCAUCCUCUGGAACCUGAUGAAAUUGAAUAUGAACCGCACAGUUCCCGGUUGCUGGUGCGUGGUUUCAAUGAACACGAUCUGGAUGAGGAUGAGGAAGAUUAUGAGUCAUCUGUAAGACUGCUGGGCAAGUCAUUCAUGAACAGAAGUUCCAACCAUCGCAACAAUUUAUCAGGGAUGUAUAACCGUGACUCGUGCUCACUGCCUAUCAGUCGGACUUUCAUUGUUGGUGCAUUUGUCAUUGUGAUUAUACUUUCUAUAUCAAUGGUGGUCUACUUUCUGCCCAAAUGUACCUUCACAAAAGAAGGCUGCCACAAAUCAAACAUGACUUCAACCCUCAUAUAUCCUCUGGCAACCAAUGGACAGGUUUUCCCUUGGCCAAAGAUGAGAUUGCCUAAAGCUGUUGUACCUAUUCACUAUGAUCUUACUUUGCACCCUAAUCUCACCACCUUGAAUUUCACAGGCUCUGUACACAUAACUCUUCGAAUCAUGGAAGAUACCAACAACAUUACUCUUCACAGCUCAGAUCUCGAAAUCACCACAGCGACCAUUACUCCAGAAGGAACCAGCCACCCUAAGAAUGUGCAGGUUUUGGAAUACCCACCGCAUAAGCAAAUUGCAAUCAAGUUUAACCCAAUGCUGACAAAAGAAGAAAAAUAUGUACUGAAUCUGAAAUAUUCAGCUAAUCUAUCUGAAAGUUCCACUGGGUUUUUUAAAGGCACUUAUCAAGAUCAAAACAAAACAAGGAUAUUGGCUGCCACACAGUUUGAGCCUUUUUUUGCACGAAGUGCCUUUCCAUGCUUUGAUGAACCAGCAUUUAAGGCCACAUUUAGGAUCAGAAUAAUAAGGGAAGCAGGCUACAUUUCCUUAUCCAACAUGCCAAAGGAUAACACAACUGCAGUUGCUGAUGGACUUUAUCAAGAUAAUUUUAUGAAAAGCGUUAAAAUGAGCACUUACUUAGUGGCCUUUGUUGUUGCUGAUUUGACAAGCAUCAACCACACCACCACAGGAGGAACCCAGGUGUCGGUGUAUGCUGUUCCUGGAAAGACAGAUCAAAUGAAAUAUCCAUUGGGAGUAGCGAUGAAACUUAUCAACUUUUUUGAGAGUUUCUUCAAUAUAUCUUCUUCCUUAAAGAAACUAGAUCUGGUAGCACUCCCUGGCUUUCAGAGGGAGGUCAUGGAAAAUUGGGGCCUGAUCAUUGGUCAAGAAAUGGCACUUCUUUGCAAGGAAGAGACGGCUUCUGCAAUGGCCAAAUUGACAGUUGCUUACAUGAUUGCACAUGAAUUGGCUCAUCAGUGGAUUGGUAACCUAGUGACUAUGGAAUGGUGGAAUGACCUUUGGUUAAAUGAAGGACUUGCUACUUUCAUGGAAGAAUUUUCACUGGAAAAAGUAUUUCCUGAACUUCAACUAGAUGAAACUGACUUCUACUCUCACUUCAGGUUAAUGGAGAAAGACUCAAUGAAUUCAACCCACCCGCUCUUGACUCCAGUUGAAACUCUUGAACAAAUUGAGGAAAUGUUUGAUUUUAUUUCCUAUCACAAGGGUUCUUCCAUUCUGUUGAUGCUGAAAGAUUUCUUGAAUGAAACUAUCUUCCAGCAAAGAUUUAGACAGUACUUGCAGAAACAUCAGUAUCAGAACUCAACUAUUGAAGACUUCUGGAACAGUAUGAGUGAAGUUGGAAAUGUAGAUUUGAAUGUGAAGGAGAUCAUGGAAACCUGGACACGACAGACAGGAUACCCAGUGGUCACUGUCAAAUUAGAUACCACUACCAAUAAAAUCCACCUCAAUCAAACACGUUUCCUCAGGCCCUCUCAUCCACUGAAUUCCUCAUCCUCCUAUUGCAGUCACUUGUGGCACAUUCCACUGACAUAUAUAACCAGCAGUUGUGCAGACUAUAAACAGCCUAAGUGCAUCAAAAAGUGGCUCCUUAAGGAUAAAACAGAUACCAUUGACCUUAAAGAUCCAAAUGUGGCUUGGGUGAAGUUUAACAUAAAUCAUAAUGGUUACUAUAUUGUUGAAUAUGACGAGAGCAGCACAGAAAAAAUAAUGGGAUUAUUACAAACUAAUCACGAGGCUUUAAGUGAACAUGACCGAGCGGACUUUAUCAAUAAUGCCUUUCUGCUUGCAAGUGUAGGGAAAAUGUCAAUCAAGAAGGUGCUGAAUUUGACCAGCUAUUUGAAGCAGGAAGCUAGCACUAUGCCGAUAAGCGAAUCCCUAUAUCAACUGUACAAUAUCUACCAACUUGUGCAAAUCAGAGGAGAGUUCAAAAUCUCUAACUGGAUAAAGGAUUAUAUUUUUGAUAUUUUUGGACACUUGAUUGACCAACAAACCUGGAGCAACAAUGGUUCCAUCUCUGAAAGACAACUUCGUUCCCAACUACUUACUGUAGCAUGUGAUUUGAAUUAUGAUACCUGUGUUCAGAAUGCGAGUAAUCUGUUUAGCAACUGGAUGAAUUCUUCAGACUACAGUGUGUUACCAUCGGAUCUAACCGAGACCAUCUUCAGUGUUGGAGCCCGUACUGUUGAGGGCUGGACGUUUAUGUGCCGGAUGUAUAAUCAUUUGCAAUCAGGGGUGGAUCAUAGGAAAAUGCUUAGAGCAAUGGCAAAAACCAACAAUACUGAGCAUCUGCUCUGGCUGAUGUACAACAGCUUGAAUCACGACACCAUAAGGAUACAGGAGUUACCUUAUAUCCUUGCUGACUCCUGCAGCAGCCUGGUCGGAUGUCUUUUAGCUUGGGAUUUUGUUAAGGAAAAUUGGGAAGAGCUAAUUAAGAAGUUUGAUCUUGGAUUGUUUGAUUUUCAUAUCAUUGUCAUUGAAACAGCAUCAAAAUUCUCAACGAAGACCCACCUGCUUGAGGUCCAAGCAUUCUUUGAUUCACUGACAGACAAAAGUUCACAAUCAGAGUUCAUCCAAAAGGCACUGGAUAGAAUUCAGUUGAACAUUCAAUGGAUGGAGGCAAACUUGAAAAGUCUGGAAAAGCAAUAGAAUUUUUUUCUGUUGUCAGUACAUUGAAUUUCAGUAAAUUAAUAGACUUGAGUGCAAAGCAAUGGCAAAUUGCUAUUGCGUAAAGCAAGGUGAAAUCAACUGUCAUUUGUAAAGUCAGUUUGUAGUAUUGGAGAGAGUUGAUGUCAGUACAGGGUGAAUUACAGAUUGAUCAGUCGUUGAACAUGAUUUGUAAUUGUGAGGAGCUGGAGACAAAUCAUGUGGCUCUGCGGUAAUGGGUGAAUGUAUUUUACAAAACAUUUUAAUAAGCAAAACAUUAUCUUUUGAGUUACUCACUUUAGCCAUUUGGUUUGAGUGGAAAAGUCGAGUAAUGUAUUCACCAGAAGUUAAAGGGAGAACAUUCAGCUUAGUUAUUUCAGCAUUAUUUUACAUUUUGCUUUUCAGUGAAGGCUUCUUUUUUUCCAGUUCGGUUUUCUCAUAAUAGGACAUUGUUUUGUGACACCUACUGUAGAAUGGAGAGAGACUCCUUUGUAAAGCGUAAUCACUCUGUAGUGUGUGGUGUACUCUGUGUACAAUAUAUAUCAGCUCUGUGAAUCCAUACAUUUUCAGUUACUGUAUCUGUAUCAGGACUACUGAUUUGACAGACAGAAGUCAGUGAUUGUUAUCGCCCCAAAAUGUUUUACAUUGAAAAGGUCAUUUUAUGGGAUGCCAUAAGUUAAGAAUUUCACUGAUCAUCAUAAAUCAUUUCCCUAGCUUUUCUGUGCUUUCAGUUGUUUUUCAACACUUGCCCGACUAGUUGCUACUGAAUAUACAUUUUUAUUAACAAAAUAUUCAACUUCAUAUAAAGAAAAAAAUGCAAAUCUAUUUACCAAUCUCUUUAUCUGAGAUUCUCUGAUAACAUGAGCUUUAUAGUCAUAUCAGAAUUACACAACGGAAUUAGUGAGACAUAUCACUGACAGCAUGGACAGUAUGUAAUUGACAGAUGUGUUUCAAUUACAAUUAAAGUUUGUGAAUUGCACCAGACCAAUCAGAAUGUAACAUUAUUCAAGUAGAUAUUCUUGUAAAUCAGUAUGUGUCAUCAUAAAUAAUUUAACAGAUGAAAUCCUGUGUCAAAAGAAAUGCAGAUUUAAAAAUAACAGGCUGAUUUAAGAGAGUAUGCAAAAUAAUGCAGCAAUAUCAAAUGUCAAUAUAUUUAUUAACCUCAGGUAUUUAAUUCAUUCUCUAUAUGAAUUAGGAAAUGCUCACUAUAUUAAUCAGGUAGUCAGGUUAAGUGCAGGUCAUGCCUAGAAUCACAUGUUCAAUAAAUAAUUGAAAAACGGUGCAGGAUUGUUUAAAUGAUUACAAAUAAUUAACUUACUAAAUAACAACUAGCUCAAUUAAUUUGUGUGUUGACCAUCACCAUUCAUUUUUGUAAUUAUGUGAGUACUUUUUCUUUGGUGACCAAACAGGAAGAGUAGUUAAGUUUUAACCUACAUGUACAAGAGUUAAAUGGAAGCCAUAGCCACCUAAUUUACUUUAAACAAAUUUAAUUAGCAUCUCCCCAAAAUGUAGUUAUUGCAUUGACAGUGCUCAUCUCUCAGGUGUAAAGUGGUACUUUAUAAUUUAUAUUUCUAGUUUAUCAGAGCUUAUUAUUUCAGGUUUAAAGUGCUACAAUUUGAAAGCCCACAGAUUAUUUUUGGAAUUUAAUAAAAUGUAAAUUAUACAAAUAUCAAUCCUUUAAUUUUUGAAAUAACUACAAAUUAUAUAUCUAUUUAAGUUGUUUGAUCUCUAUUAUUUUAAGCUUGCCUCAUUGCACAAUAGCAACUUGGAAAUAAGGUCUAAUGCAAAUUGAAAACUAUAUAUAAAUUACUAUCCUCUCUUUUGUGAAUCAAAUUAAUAAAUUUUAAUAAUUUUGGACUUGUGUGCUCAUUACUGAACUGCAAGCAAUGUAUAAAACAGAAAUACUGGUGCAUUUAGUGGAAAAAUAAAUAAUUUGUUGAAUAUAUAAUCUGAAAUAAAUUAACAAAUGAUUUGAGGACUUGGCCUCAAGCUGCGGGCUUGCCAGCUGCUGCACUCCAGGUGAGCAGACGAUGGAGGUGACAUAGCAUAGCAUACAUGCUUGGUUGGGGCUGGCCUCAAGUGGUCGACUGGUGGAAUCACAGGCUGGAAUUUUGGGAGCCACACCAUCAAUUUGCAAGUCACUCAGGGUCCUGGAAUAUGCAUAUGUUUUUUGCAUAAUGAUAUGUUUUUUUUACUUUUUGCUACUUUGAAUGUAUGUUAUGCACCUUGGCUCCAGAGGAACAUUGUCUUAUUUGACUCUAUCCAUGUAUGGAUUGAGAGAUAAUGAAACUAGGUUUGAUUUGAUUGAAAUCAUUAAAUGGACAGCCAUGGAAAAUGAGAGAAAAUCUGCAGAUGCUGGAAAUCAAAUUAAAAAACACAAAAUUCUAGAGGAACACAGCAGGCCAGGCAGCAUCAAUGGAAAAGAGAAAACACUGGCUGUUUCAGGCCCAGACCCUUCACUGGGACUAUGGAAAAUAGUUAUAAACUCUUACAUUUUAUUUUAUUGUUGUAGGAACAUGUUUUAAAACCAAAAUGCAGCUAUUUAUAGUGUUAAUGUACUUAUUAACCUUAGAUACUUAUUUCAUUCUUCAUAUGAAUUAAGGAAUGCAAAG